UAUUCUGAGCGACAGAGUGGAACUCCUUCUCAAAAAAGAAAAGAAAUGCACAUCUGUGUGUAUUUGCCUUGUGCUUACCAUUUCUUUUUGCUCCUUUGCUAACCUUGUAUUUCCUUCCCUAAAUAGUCUAUACCCAUAGUUUUUCUGCUAUGUCAAGUUUUUUACUGAUUUCUUUCAAGAUGGACUUUGUGGUACCAGAGGGCUCACCCAUGGAACUAUGCGAAACCUGGCAAUAUGAUCCUUUAUCCAUAUUUUUUUUUCAGAUUCCCAUCCAUCAUGACUGCCAUCCGACUACGAGAAUUUGUUGAACGUCGCCGAGCGAUCCCACCAAGUAUCUUCAUUGCUCACCAAGGAAGAGACCUGCAAGGCUACUACCCCGGGCAGCUGGCAAGACUCCACUUUGAUGAUAGUGCAAAGAAAGCUCCCAGACCGCUCAUAGACUUGACAAUUCCACCCAAGAGAAAAUAUCACUAUCAGCCUCAAUUAGACCAACAGACACUCAUUCGCUGUAUUUGUUUUCGAAGACAUUCAAAGCCUGCCGAAUCAUGGUAUAAAGAAACCACUUACCAAAGAGACUAUUCUCUGCCGUUUUAUGAGAUUGAUUGGAACCAGAAAUUAGCCACAGUUUCACUGAAUCCUCGACCACUUAAUUCACUGCCAGAGCUCUACUGUUGUGAAGAGAGAAGCGGCUUUGAAAGAAAUGCUUUGAAACUAAAAUAACCAUGGUAUUUGAACAAAAGAAUGUCUAGCAUUCUUAGGUGACUCUUUUAGACUAAGUUAAUGGGAGCAGAACUACUUUUAA